AUGAAGCUACAACUCGCACUUCGUGACACUAUUGGAGCAUGGUUUGCCUUUGCUUUGCAACUAGUGAUGCAGGGUACCAGAUACCUAUUUGGAAGGUUUCUCCCAUUGGCAAACAUUAUUUAUGGCAAGAAUGUACAGGUUUGCGAGGCAAAGCAGGAAGGACAAUCUGAACAGGAUGGUCUGCUUCGGGAAAAGAUCAGUGAGCUUUGCGCAACGGUGACACAGAUGCUGGCGAAACAAAGCGCUUUCGAAGAACAGUUUAAGCAUGAGGCUGAAUCACGUGAAGCUCUAUUUCUUCGUACUGAGAAGCUCAAGGACAACUUCAUGGAUCUGCAGAAGUAUGCCAAGAGAGAGACUAAAAAGCUGCAAGUAGAACUUGCCAAACUAAACAACAACCUUGACAGUUUGACCCAUUUUGCAAUGGAAGACUACAUCUGUUCACAACAAAACUACAGGGAAAGGAGGAUGAGGAAAGAAGCGUUCCUUGAUGGGAUUAGUACGCACGAUCUCUCCUCUAGCAGCAACUCUACUGUCGAUAGUAAUGAAGAUGCUGUGGAGGAAGAUGAAGGCCUCUCUUUCCGUGACUGGGUAACCUGCGCAAGCUCUUUGCACCGAAAGACUAUCAUGAGAAACUGA